CCGGGCUUCGGUCUUUAGGGCUGAGCAGGAAGUGCCUGACUGUGGACCCUGGACGAGGAGGGGGGAAGGCUGGGAGAAAAACAAUAUAAAAAUGGAUAUGGUGGCAGAUCUGGGGGCGAGCAGACUCUACCGGGCGCCGGGUGAAUCCAGUCACCAGCAGCCUCAGCGGUGGUUUAACACGGCAGACAUCACAGUGGCUCACCAAAACAACUUGCUGAAGCAACUCAACCACCAGCGCCGCCAGGAGCUGUUCUGCGACUGCAGCGUGCUGGUGGAGGGCCAGCUCUUCAGGGCCCACCGCAAUGUCCUGUUCGCCAGCAGCGGGUACUUCCGCAUGCUGCUGUCCCAGGGGCCCGACGGGCUGCCCGACUCCGUCAACGCCACCUUCGACGUCUUCAGCCCGGAAACCUUCACCGUCAUCCUGGAUUUCAUCUACUCUGGACAGCUGGACCUCUCCAGUCACAACGUGAUCGAGGUCAUGUCGGCGGCCAGCUACUUGCAGAUGAACAAUGUCAUCAACUACUGCAAGAACUUCAUCAAGUCCUCGCUGGACAUCAGCCUGAAAGACGAAGACAGCGAGCGCUGCCUCAGCUUGUCCGAGACGUGCAGCUUCACCAGCGGGGCAGGAGAGGAGUCCUCGGAGCAGCAGCACCAAGGACCCUGCUCGGUCAGCCCGCCGCCGGCGCUCUGGACGCGGGACAACUCCAGAUCCCAGUCCAGCUUCAUGGGGAAAGACCCAGAUCUCGACGGUUCGGCCUCCACCCUGGCCACUAAUCCCAGCAGCCCCGCUAACGAGCUCGGCGUAGAAGCAGAUGACCUGCAAGACCCUCAGGACCCCCUGUACACCCUGCCCGGAUCGGAGCGUCGACGCGGAAAGGGGGCGACCAAGAGGAGGACGCCCAACAGCUCUCGCUCCAGCCAGCACGAGGACCUGGACAUUCAGGAGGCCAGGACCCAGAAGGCUGAGAAGGCAGAGGAGCUGUACGCCACGCUGCCACCCAUAGUGGGUGUGAUCGGACACUUUAACAAAGACUCCAACCCCAUUAUGCGCUUCAAAUGCCCCUUUUGUACACACACCGUGAAGAGGAAGGCAGACCUGAAGCGUCACCUGCGCUGUCACACCGGGGAGAGGCCGUACCCGUGUCAAGCCUGCAAUAAGCGCUUCACUCGCCUCGAGCAUCUCCGCAGCCAUUUUGAAACGAUCCAUCAAGCCAGGAAGCUGGUGUGCAGGAAGUGUAAGUGUCAGGUCACAGAGGAGACGGGGCACGUGGUGUGCGAGGGAACGCGCCGCUACCGCAUGUGCACCGCGUGCAUCCAGGAAGUGGGCUGCGACGACAUCCCCAUGGAGAGUCUGGAGGGGUCCAACGAGGAGCCGGCCCUGCUGCUGGGCGUGGACGGGGAGGAGGAGGGGGGCGGGGACUCCAAGCGGGGCUGGAUGGUGGCCGACGAGGACGACCUGGCUGAGGACUCGGGGGCCGACCUCAUCAUCCAGCAGGUGGACGACAGCGACGAGGAGCUGCAGUAGCGCGGGACCAAAGCGUGUGCGUGCAGAUGCAGAUGCAUGCCCAGAUGUGGACCAUGUGUGCGUUGAAGCCAUGCAACGACUGAUUGCAUUAUGUAUGGGAUCCUGAUUUAACACGCAUUUAUAUAGAUAUAUUAGUUGUCUAUUAGUUCAAUACAACUGGAGUCUUUCUUUGACUAAGAUUGUUGACCUUUGUGAUGAAUGGGAGGCUUUCUGUUAAGCUCUUUAAAGAUAUGCAGUAGCAUGCAUAUUCAGUGUUUCCGUUACUCCAGCUAUAUUAUACAUGCAUGAGAGAAGUCUACACCUUUUCCUACAUUUUGGACUUUCUAAUUUUAAGCAAAAUGAAGCGACAUGAACUGAACGAAGGUCUUUUUCUCCUCUUUUUUUUUUUCUUCCGGUGUCGCA